AUUCUUAACCUAGCUUUUCGUUGCGAGCACACUUACAUAUACGUGAUAUUUCGAAGUAUAUUUUAAUUGUUUAAUAACAUACUUAGCCUUAUUAUUAUUGUGUGAAAUAGUUAAAAAAUAGUGUUAAAAAUUAAAAGAAAUGGCAAAAUUUUGCUUGAAGAAACAGAGCAAGCGUAUGCCAGCUCGAAAAAGAUAUAAAAUCGAGAAAAAGGUUCGGGAGCAUAAUCGAAAAUUACGGAAAGAAGCAAAGAAGCAUCCUAAAAAAAAGCCAAAAAUAAUUGAAGUUCCAAAUCAGUGUCCUUUUAAGGAAAAUAUCCUUAAAGAAAUAGAACUUAUGAAAAAACAACAAGAAGAAGAGAAACAAAAGCAACGUGAAGCUGCACGUCAAAGAAAACGAGAAGAACUUGCCAAAACAAAUCUUCAAGGCUUAGUCUCAGCUGCACAGAAUAAACAAGCAGAACAUCAAGAAAUAGAAAUGGAUGAUGAAAAAAUAAAAAAUGCCUUGUCUAAAGAGGAAAAUUCGUUAAAAGCUUAUUACAAAGAAUUCAGAAAAGUUUUAAAUGCAGCUGAUGUUAUUCUUGAGGUUGUUGAUGCCAGAGAUCCUUUAGGAACUAGAUGUAAAGAGGUUGAAGAAGCUGUAUUGUCUGCAAAAGAAAAUAAAAGAUUGGUUAUUGUUUUAAAUAAGGUAGAUUUAAUACCUAGAGAAAAUUUAGAUCAAUGGCUAAAAUAUUUGCGUGGGAGUUUACCAGCUGUGGCAUUUAAAGCCUCAACUCAAGACCAAGCUAAAAGAUUAGGUAGAAGAAAAUUGGGAAAGAAAACUGAAGGCAUGAUACAAAGUGGUACCUGUUUUGGUGCUGAAUUAUUAAUGUCAUUGCUUGCAAAUUACUGUAGAAAUGUUGGAAAUGUCAAAACCAGUAUUAGAGUUGGUGUUGUUGGACUUCCAAAUGUUGGUAAAUCCAGCGUUAUCAAUUCCUUAAAACGCAGUAAAGCAUGCAAUGUGGGAAGUACUCCAGGAAUAACAAAAACAAUGCAGGCAGUGCAAUUAGAUUCUAAAAUAAAAUUGUUAGACUCUCCAGGAAUAGUUUUUGCUAAUUCCAAAGAAAACUCUGAUGAUUCUUCAUUAGCUUUAAAAAAUGCAAUAAAAAUUCAAUCCUUAAAAGAUCCAUAUACACCAGCAACUGCUGUUUUAAAAAGAGUUUCCAAAUCGCAAAUAAUGGAAAUGUAUAAUAUACCAGAGUUUUCAACGCCUGAUGAAUUCUUUGCUUUAAAAGCUACCAGAAUGGGAAAAUUUAGAAAAGGUGGUAUACCCGAUACGAUAGCAGCAGCACGCAGUAUUUUGGAAGACUGGAAUUCCGGAAAAAUAAAGUAUUAUACUGUUCCGCCUGAAGAACCAAAUUGUCACAUUUCUGCAGAAAUUGUGAACAAAAUUAGUAAAGAAUUUGACAUUGAAAGUUUUGCUGAACAAGAAAAAAUGAUGCUCGAUAAUUUCGAAGAAAAAGUUGCAGAGAAAACUAUUGAUCCACUAUUAAUUGAAAGUUCUGAUCCAGUCGUAUCUGCCAUGGAGGUUGAGUUGCAAAAAGAAACACAAAUUAAAAUACAGAAUAAACUAAAGAAAAAAUUGGAGAAGUCGAAGAAAAAGGAAGAUGAAACGAGGAAAAAGAAAAUAGAUCCGAUUUUUGAAAUUGAAGGCAACCAAAAAUUAAAUAAACUGAAUAAACUACAAUUUAAAAAAGAAAAGAAAGACCGAAUUAAAAGAGAAAAAGCAGCUAUUAAAUUGGCGAGUCAACUCGAGGGAUUCAACAUCUCAAGAUCUGAUGAUUAUGAUUUUAGUACAGAUUUUGUAGAAAAGCAGACAUUGUAAUCAUGUUUAUUUAAUAUUUGUAUGCAAAAUGUAAAUAAUAAAUAAACUAUAACAAUAAAAAUGAA